GCCAGCGCUGAGCCUGAGCAGAUCGAUGCGCUCGGCUCGCAGCGCUGUCAAGGGAGCAAGUCCGCGACCCGCGAGAGCCCGGAGGGCGGUGCCAAAGGGGGCGGGACACCCUGGUGGAGGCGCGUCCCUAUUGGCUGGCCGUUUGCGGGGAGCUGGGCUCUGAUUGGCCGGGCCGCCGGGGAGGCGGUGGGCGGCGGGGUUAAGCGCGUCGCGGCCGCGCCCGGCCCAGGCGCAGGCCAGGAGCUCCGACCCCGCGCCCACCGGGACCCGGUCCGCCCCGCGCCCGCCAUGGGCCCGCGCCUGUGCCCGCGCCGCGCGGCCCUGCUCCCCGGCGGCCUCCUGCUCCUCCUGAUGCUCGCGGACCCGGCGCUUCCGGCCGGACGCCCCCCUCCGGUGGUCCUGGUGCCUGGUGAUUUGGGCAACCAGCUGGAGGCAAAGCUGGACAAGCCGAAGGUCGUGCACUACCUCUGCUCCAAGAAGACAGACAGCUACUUCACCCUCUGGCUGAACCUCGAGCUGCUGCUGCCCGUGAUCAUCGACUGCUGGAUCGACAAUAUCAGGCUGGUCUACAACAGGACGUCCCGGGCCACCGAGUUUCCCGAUGGGGUGGAUGUGCAUGUCCCCGGCUUUGGGCAGACCUUCUCCCUGGAGUUCCUGGAUCCCAGCAGAAGCAGUGUGGGUUCCUAUUUCCACACCAUGGUAGAGAGCCUUGUGAGCUGGGGCUACACAAGGGGUGAGGACGUCCGGGGGGCCCCUUAUGACUGGCGCCGAGCUCCAAAUGAGAAUGGGCCCUACUUCCUGGCCCUCCGGGAGAUGAUCGAGGAGAUGCACCAGCUGUAUGGGGGCCCCGUGGUGCUGGUUGCCCACAGCAUGGGCAACAUGUACACGCUCUACUUUCUGCAGCGGCAGCCACAGGCCUGGAAGGACAAGUACAUCCGUGCCUUCGUGGCACUGGGUGCGCCCUGGGGGGGCGUGGCCAAGACCUUUCGCGUCCUGGCCUCAGGGGACAACAACCGGAUCCCGGUCAUUAGUCCCCUAAAGAUCCGGGAGCAGCAGCGGACCGCCGUCUCUACCAGCUGGCUGCUGCCCUACAACUACACCUGGUCCUCCGAGAAGGUCUUCGUGCGCACGCCCACGGCCAACUACACGCUGCGCGACUACCGCCAGUUCUUCCAGGACAUCGGCUUCGAGGACGGCUGGCUCAUGCGGCAGGACACGGAGGGGCUGGUGGAAGCCGCCGUGCCGCCCGGCGUGCCCCUGCACUGCCUCUACGGCACUGGCGUCCCCACCCCGGAUUCCUUCGCCUACGAGAGCUUCCCGGACCGCGACCCCAAGAUCUACUUUGGCGACGGCGAUGGCACGGUGAACUUGCAGAGCGCCCUGCAGUGCCAGGCCUGGCGCAGCCACCAGGAGCACCAGGUGUCCCUGCAGGAGCUGCCGGGCAGCGAGCACAUCGAGAUGCUGGCCAACGCCACUACCCUGGCCUACCUGAAGUUCCUGCUCCUGAGGCCCUGAUUCUGGUGCCAGGCAAGGCUGUGGGAUGGCAUGGCCACAGCGGCUCCUGGACCUCCCCAGGCGGCCGCGGCCCGUAAAGUUAGCGGUUUGUAACUGACCUUCCAAGGCCACACAAGGUCUCGGGUGAUGAAACAUCUGCCGUUGGGAAGGGCCGUGUCUUAUCCUUCCUCUGGGAGUGAGGAAGGAAGAAAUAGUCUGGCCUCGCUCAAGGGACUCUGAAUGCAGAGAACGCUGCUGCUGAUGGAAUCGUUGUGACCUCAGGACCGGCGGCAGGUGGACUGGCUGCACCUGGAUCCCAUACCCCAACUCAGGGUCCAUGUGUUCCUUUUCUACUCCUGUGGUCAUUGCACAUGGCCCACUAGGCCCCCCUGGCCCUUCAGACUUCCUGUGAGGGAUGUUACUGAGCUGUGGUCCCAGCGACGGGCUCCCUGGUCCCUAGGGUGAUCCUUCCCACAAGCUGGCCACAGGUACCGCUGCCCCUGGCCACGGGGAGCUGGAGCUGCUGACUUUGCUGAGGCCUCACUGCACAGCAGCCUGUGUGGCUCUCUGGGGGCAGCCUGUUUCCCCCUGCAGGCAGGGCUGGGCUGGGUUUUCUGUGGUUCCCAGGCUGUGGGGCGUUCACUCCUACCUCCCUCACCUCCAAGAACGGCCUCGCUGAGGAUUGGGCAGCACACACCCCCCCCCCCCCCCCCCCUAGAUCUGCAGGCUGUAUCCCAGGAGCUCUGAUCCCCUAUUUGGGCUGUUGCCGGCAGACAGUAUCGAUGCUGGCUCCCUUCACCCUAUUCAGGGCUGAGAGCAGGACUCGGUGCCAUGGCCUCUUAGAUCCCGAUGGAGAAAGAGAACUCAAGAGCAGACCAAGGUGACUCCGAGCUUCCCCAUAGGGUUUCUCUAGGACCCAAGGGGCCAGCACAGGGCUGAGAGGAGGUUGGGCUCCUGCCCACCCUGCCCAGCACCUACCUCCAUCAGGCAGCACCGUGGUGUGUAGUCUUCAGGGACUAGUUCAGGAACUUCUGUGGGCCCCCCAUGAGAGCCAGGUGCCUUGGAGUCCCCCCUGCGGGGUUCCUGUCUGCCCCCAGAUGCUGCGUGGGUCAGGCAUGUCAAACUCAAAGGCUAACACGGGCCAAAUAAACUAGGCACACGGCCUGCGGGCUGCGAGUUUGACAUGUGUGGCACAGGUCUUCCUGUGAGAGCAGGGCUGGAGAGUCUGGAUCUGCCUUUCGGCAGUGGUCUCUGAGGGGGCAGUGGCUAUAGGCCAAGACUUGGUUCUAGCCUCGGGUGCGGGCCCAAAACCACAACCAGGCUGGACUGUGCUGCCCUCCCACAGGCUUCUUUGGACCCGGGUUUUCUCUGUUGUGUACGUACCCAGCAUCUGUCUCUCUCUGUUCCUGAGUGGUGGGCUCUGAGCAGGCUGUGUCUUGAUUAUGGCAAUAAAAGUAUUCUGGAUGCUGU